UUUACUUUUAAUAAAUAUUACUAUAUUUUAUUUUUAAUGACUUCCUCUCGACAAGAUAAAAUAACCAGUGAUGUGGAAGCGACCUGGGGACGUGCAAGCGAUUUUAGUCAAUCUUUUGAACGAGACCCGAAAACCCAAGACCAAGAAGUACGUGAUGAAAUUACACAGGAGACCAAUUGGUUACCCUUCUUUAUGGCGAGCUUGUUCGCCACUACACUGGAAGACAUCAUCGCUCAGCUCUACAUACUCUUUGAAAUAAAUUCAGAGCUACGCAUACUUAAAAUGAGGACGGAAAUGUUAGAAAACCUCGCUCGGAAAUACGGAGUCAAACAGAAGACCGUGAUAGACGAGCUGGACGACAUCGACCCUAAAAAACUUGGCUGUCUCGAAUACAAGCUGAAAAAACUUCAAUCGGACAGGUUAUUAGUUCUAAAGAUUCUGCAAGACACGUACUUGGAUCUCUCAAGUAACUGCCAAUACAACGCAUUGUAUGAAAACGUUAACAGGAUCCGUGAUCGUCAAAAUCAUCUUAAGAACCUCAUUGAAGUGGAAUCCAAUAACAGAAUCCUGCGUCGAGAACUCAAUCGUCAGCUGCGCCAACAAAGGAAUCAUAUAAAAUCCAUAACAUACGACACAAACAUUGACAUCGAACUCCUCAAAACGAAUUUAGAAGAUGCAGAAUUAAAUUCUGAAAUUCGGAGCCGCUACGUGCUCGGCUGGCAACGAGCUCGAACAGAACAGCAUGUCCAAAUGAUUUACGAUAAAGAGCUCAUGCCAAAUCAAACUAUUGAAUAUCUUAAGAUGAAAGCCGACCAAGAACAACGCGUCCAUACUGAAAUCGAACUUUUGAACAAUAUUAGAAUCAACGAAGUCCUUGUUGAAGUCGAACACUGGAUGGGUAAAUACGACAAAGAUAUUGAACGUAUGGAUCUAAAGGUACAAUUGAAGAAGAAUGACUACGAAUAUAUUUGUGAUAAGAGAUUAGAACUGGAAGAAACGCUUGUGAAACACGAAGAAUCAAUUAAUAACUGGAAGAAAUUCAAUGAGGAAAGAGAAGCGGAUCGGCAAUACCGCGAAAAUAUGUUCAAUGCUGCAACUACAGUUCAGGCGUGGUGGCGCGGAUUCCUAGUACGACAACAGCUGGGACCGUACAAAGUCGUUAAAAAGAAGGGGCCGGCACCCAAACCAGAAGAAAAGUCAGGCAAAAAAAAGAAAUAAAAUAUCAAUACA